UAGACCUCACAUUGAGCGGGCAGCGGUGAGGAAGAUGGGCAGGGCGCGCUUGGGUCUUGCAACACUCGUAGUAAGUGCAGUUAUAGCACUAGGAAUCACCGAGGACCUGCCAUGUCGCGCCAGAGAUGUUGGAAUUCCCGGCCGCUCUAUAGUCUGCGUAUGCGACGCUACAUACUGUGAUACCAUAACGAGAGAGGAGCCAGCACCGGGGACAUAUGUCGCCUACACGUCGAGUGAUGCUGGACAAAGAUUCGAAAAAAGCUUCGGUGUGAUCGAGACAGUAUCGAAUCAAGAAGAAAGUGUACCCGAUGUAGAAAAUCCAGAAGAAUCUGAAGAUGAGGAUGAGGAAGAAGAAACUUUGAGACGAGUAGUGUUGAGACUCUUCACCAUCGCUCGAUUUCAAUAUAUCGAAGGAUUUGGAGGGUCCGUAACUGAUGCCGCCGCCAUCAACUGGAGAAAAUUAUCAGAUGCUGCUCAAGUUCACUUCAUUAACUCGUACUUCUCAAGAACAGGUUUGGAAUAUAACAUGAUACGAGUGCCUAUCGGAGGAGCAGAUUUCUCGACACACCCCUACACGUACAAUGAAGAACCUCGGUACGACCACGCGCUGUCCAACUAUACUUUGUCAGACGAAGACUACUUUUUAAAGUUACCAAUGAUCAAAAGAAGCCAAGCGGUUGCGACCGACGAGGUCAAGAUCACAGCCAGCACCUGGUCUCCGCCGGUUUGGAUGAAGACCAACGAGAGGAUCACUGGCUAUGGAACCGUCAAACCUGAGUACUACCAGGCUUAUGCUGACUACCAUAUACGAUUCAUGGAAGAAUACGAAAAGGCCGAAGUGAAGAUAUGGGCAAUCACCACUUCGAACGAACCUAUCAACGGCUUCCUCGGUGCACCAUUUGUCAGCUUCAAUUCUGUGGGAUGGUCACCACGAAACCUGGGUCGUUGGGUGGCGAGCAAUCUCGGGCCGACAGUUCGUAACUCCCGCUUCAACAACACGUUGAUUUUGGCAGUAGACGACCAGCGAUAUAAUCUGCCUUUUUACUUGCUCGGGAUGGAACGGGAAGACCCAAAAUCUAUUGAAUACAUUGAUGGUGCAGCAAUACAUUAUUAUGGAAACUUCAUACCUCCGAUUAUCAUGACUGCAAUACAGAACCGAUAUCCCGACAAAAUUUUGCUUUCUACAGAAGCUUGUGAAGGUGGAAUGCCUUGGGACCGGGAGCAAGUUGAAAUAGGCUCAUGGGACAGGGCUCGAAAAUAUGUCAAGAGUAUUUUACAGGAUCUCAACAAUUACGUGGUCGGUUGGAUAGACUGGAACCUUUGCCUGGAUCCAACAGGCGGGCCAAAUUGGGCCCGUAACUACGUCGACGCACCUAUCUUGGUAUACGGAGACCAAGAUGAGUUCAUAAAGCAACCCAUGUUUUACGCGAUGGGACACUUCUCGAAGUUCAUCCCGAGAGGCUCUAGAAGAAUUCAGUCUUCGAGAAGAACUCUUUUACACUGCAAAAUGCAGCGUUUUUGAAGCCCGAUGGAAAUAUCGUGAUGGUGCUACAAAAUACGAGAAACACUGCACGAAACCUUCGCGUCGAAAUCAGCAACACCCGGUACAUCGAACUUCUCAUGGAAGCCCGUUCCAUUAAAACUAUAGAAAUCAACAUAAAUUAGAACAUAUGAUAUCUUGUAAAAA